AUGUUCCUAAAGCAUAUCGACCUGACAACGGCUUUGCGGCCUUCGUACCUGCCCGAUGAAGACUUGUUGUUUGUGCAGGACAAUGUGGGGUUAUAUGAGGGCAAGUACAAGCUACCUAACCACCAAAAUGGGCAGAUCUACUUGACCUCGCAUCGCAUCUGCUACAUCGACAAGGCAGAGCCGAGGAAGUAUUCUGUCGCCCUGGAUCUCAAGGAUAUCGAGCGCUAUGAGUUCUAUGGAGGAUUCCUCAAGUCUUCUCCUAAAAUAACCCUCUUUCCUAAGGCUAACAAACGGCCUUCAGCUCACCCUCAGCCAACUAGCCUUUCUAGAAUCUCCUCGCAUCAUGGGACUGCAUCACUGGGUCACCAGUCAGAUCGUCAGCCUGUGGCACCGGCACUGCAAGCAUCUCCAGUGUCCACGGCGACAUGGUGUCCCCGGUAUAUCCCGCCUGAGAUUGCACAGCAAAUCCGAGCUGAUACUGGGUCCCCUGGCCCGUAUCUCACUUCGUCUGGUAUCGGGUCCUCCAACCUCGAAAAUCCAGAAAGUGUCAAAAUCUCUUUUCGUGGAGGAGGAGAAAAAACCUUUUAUGAGCGACUGAAGAGCUGCAUGGCUCAAAGGAAGUGGCUUCUCCAGAGCGCACCGCCAAUUCCCAAGCCCUCUCGACCGGGUGAUGCUGUCAAUGGAACUAGUAAUGGGACGGAUCUAGAAGCCAGGGACAAGCCCAAGAUCGGAGGUAUCGCAGGUCUCGAGCGCCGCGGACAAGCCAUGCGUAAGAACAACGAAAUCAUGAUCGGCAGUGCAUUCGAAGACCUCGAAGCACUGAUGGCCUCAGCCAAAGAGAUCGUUGCUCUUGCCGAGGACUUUGCUCGUCAAGUAAAGGGGGCAUCAGGAGGAUUAAGUGCUAGUGAGAAUGCUUUGCUUGCCGACUCGGUCAGCCAGCUUGGUUUAAUCACCACCAAAGACAUUGUUGGCAGUAGCAGUGGCACCGACUCGCUCUACCAUUCUGAGCUAGCCCGUACACUGGCCGAGUUCUUAACUGACGACCAACGGGGCGUGCUCAAGAAAGCUGGCGGCAUCAUUUCGCUGGUUGACUUAUGGGCCAUGUUUAAUCGGGCCCGUGGCGGCGUGGAGUUGGUCAGCCCUGCAGACUUCGAGAAGGCGGUAAACUUGUUUGAGAAGCUGAACCUGCCGCUGCGACUGAGGACGUUCAAGUCGGGGGUCAAAGUAGUGCAGAGCAAGGAUCGGACAGACGAGGCUACCAUCCAGGCGAUUUUGUCCUGGUUACAGGAUUUGCGAGAGUUCCCUCCUGAAAAAGAGGUCCCAUGGGAUUGGCACAGGUUUGGGCGGGGGGUCACGGCAAGAGAUGUGGCAGAGAGAUUUGGUUGGAGUAUUGGUGUGGCUGAAGAGGAGCUGGAGAUGGCUGAAGAGAGAGGAGUUGUGUGUCGCGAGGAGGGUAUCGAAGGCUUGAAGUUCUGGAUUAACUUUAUUGAUACUGGGGAAGGAAAGGGGUAUAAGGACCCGGCGGAGCAAGAGCAUGAGAUAAUCAAGGCGCGCUUGAAAGAAGCUGGAUUUAUCUAA